GAGAAAGCUCGUGAAAUCUGCACGUUGGCGCGAGAUUCCGUACGUCGUAGACUUUGACACACUUAAAAACUUGACAAUGACAGUUAUUUUACAAACAAUCCUUCUUGUCGUUGAAAAUAAUAACAUUUUGGAUGUUUUAAUUAGUGCUUAGUUAUAAUGCCGGCUUCGAUUGGCGUCAACUUGCGUGUCACGGGGCACUGCAGACAGGGAGGUCGAAAAUACAUGGAGGACUAUUUCACUGUCGCGUAUCAACAAACAGAUGACGAGAAAGACUUGGAGUAUGCUUUUUUCGGGAUCUACGAUGGCCAUGGGGGCGCGGAGGCCGCGAUUUUCGCCAAAGAACACCUCAUGGAAACCAUUAUCCGUAACAAGAACUUUUGGUCCGAUGAUGAUGAGGAGGUGCUACGAGCCAUCAAAGAGGGCUAUGUAACCACACAUUACGCUAUGUGGAGAGAACAAGAAAAAUGGCCCAAAACUGCGUCUGGACUACCGAGUACCGCCGGUACGACAGCCAGCGUGGCUUUCAUACGCAAAGGGAAAAUAUACAUAGGGCAUGUGGGAGAUUCGGGUAUAAUCCUGGGCUACCAGGACCCCGACAGUUCCGACUGGAAAGCCAGGCAGCUCACUCGAGACCAUAAACCGGAAAACGCCGAAGAAAUGUCGCGCAUAAACGCCUGCGGCGGCAAAGUGGUGGCUAAAUCGGGAGUACCUCGCGUAGUGUGGAACCGACCUCGCAUCGGCCACAAAGGCCCUGUGCGCAGGAGCACGCCCAUAGACGAGAUCCCGUUUCUAGCGGUAGCGCGCAGUUUAGGCGAUCUGUGGUCGUACAAUUCCGCACUCAAUCAGUUCGUGGUUUCACCCGAUCCUGACUGCUCCGUUAUUAAAAUCGACCCCAACAGCCACAGGUGUCUCAUUUUCGGUACGGACGGACUCUACAACAUGCUCAGCGCUCAAAUGGCGGUACACAUCGUCCAGAAGGCCGAGAAACACAACGAGCAGGCGGCCAUGUCCGAUUUUAACUUGACCUGGCUGAACCCCAGUAAAUUGUUAGUCGAGAAGGCGCUGCAAAGAUGGCACACCACCAAGAUGAGAGCCGAUAACACUUCCGUUAUUACUUUGAUGCUGGACCCGCCUGGACCUCCAAGAGCCCAGGUUCUAAAAGACAGAAGGCAAAAAAACGCUCAAAACCUGGCUGGACCCGAAUACCCAGACAGGGGGUUAAAAAUUGUAACCAGAUACGAGAAUGAAACCAGAGAAGACUGCAGGGAAUGCCUUACAAAUAGCGAAUCUGUCGAAGAAAUUGGCCAAGAAGCCACCGAAACCCUCCCACCUUCAACACACCUCUUAAACAUGAACGCAACCGUAGAACACGCCGCGGAAAAUUCCCCCCACCGUAACCCGCAAAAACCUCAGGGCGACACGGACAUCGAUGCGAUCGAAAACUCCAUCGAAGCGCCAUCUUGCGGCGGCAGCAAAACUUCGGCGGAACCCUUAAGCGACUGCGCAUGUCUCACCGAAAACGUGACAUCUAGCGACAACGCGGCAAACUUGCCGCUAAAAGAGCGAAAUUUUACCGUAAAACCUCGCGAAAGCACCAGUUUCGAUCCCAGGGUCAGUCCCGAUAUAAGCAUCGACAAGGAAAAUCAGUUGUCCAACUCGCAAAACUUGGAUAAUACAAUCCAAAUCCACGAAAUAUCGUCCAGUUCGAACGACGAGGAUCCAACAGCUGGCAACUGCGCAGAACAAUUUAAACACAAUCUGCGCAGCAGCACUAAACAGUCCCUCUCGAAAGAACACCAAUUAACCACCCAAAAUAACAAGAAAGAUAACAAAGGCAGUAAUGCCAACGUAAAUAACAACAACAACUUUGAGGAUGCAACAGGUGGCCACCAAUCGCAAACAAAAAGAAAAUGCCCCGUCAUCGAGGAGGUAAUUUCCCCGAGGAAAAGUGUGCGACUGGACACCAAAAAAGAGGAAAUGGGGAGGAAAUCCGUCACGUUGAUUUCGACCAAUCAGCGACGACAACCUUUUACGCCGCCUCCCAGACUCACCAUAACCCAAAAAAUACUGAAGAGCAAAAAAUUAUCCCUAAAGAAAAAGGAAGUCAUAAAAAAGAAAAAAAUGACGGGGGCCAAAAAAAUAAAACUGGUGCUGGACACUGUGAGAGUUAAGGUGCAGAAAAAGGCCGCCCCCGCGCCGGCGGCGGCGGAAAAAGUCGAUAAAAAACCAAAGGAACAAGAAUUCAAGGAGUUGCAGGUCGUGAUAAAAAAACACGUGCAGGAGCCGGUUAAGGCUCGCGUGGUGGCCGGGAAACUGAGCCAGCACUUCCAGAGGCGGUCGCAGAGGAAUUCUACCGUGAAGAAAAAGGCAACGUCGCAAGUGCUCGGGCACAGUGAUGCAAAAUGUGGUAAACCAAGUUCCUCGCCAAAAAAAAAAUCGGCCAUCGUAACCGAGGUCGACGCCCAAAAGCCAAAAGAAAGUGAGAAACCAACUACGACCAAAAAAAAGAAAACCUUAAGGAAGCGAAUUAGACAAAGAACCGUCUCUCUAAGACGUCAUGUAGCUAAUAAAAAAAACUAAAUAAAAUACUUAAAAAACGUAAGUAUCUCUUUUUUCGUCUGAUUUAGUUGUACACAACUAAAUCAGACAAAAAAAGAGAGAGAGAUAAUGGAAAAGAGAGGGAAGUUGUUUAUAAAUUUAUAAAAACUAUUUAAAAAACAAACAGAUGGAUAUUUUUUAUUGUAUAGUUUUUUAUAGAUUAUAUUACUAUAUGAAAGAAGAGUGAUUUGAAAAAUGUACUGAGAGAGGUUUAAAAGGCGAAAGUUUUCUUUUUUUGCGUUUUUUAACGUUUGACGUUUAAAAGUUGGCUAUGACUAUAAAACAACCAAUCAGAAGUGCUGAUCUGAUGCUGCUUUGUUAUUUCAAGUUGGCUUUGCAUCAAAUCGACCAAUGAUGGUUUGUUUUUAAUGUCGAGUGUAUAACCUAACUUUUAAAUGUCAUUUUCGCGAAAUGUUUUUUGCGAAUUAAAUAAUUUUCAUAGCUUGUUUUAUUAUUUGUGAAAUGUGAAUAUAUUUAUUUUGUCCCGUUUAUACAAAAAUAUUUUAUUUGGUAAGAAAAAAAGGAAACUUUCCAAUGUAUAAAGAUGUUAAUAUUUAAGUUAAAUAUAAGUAACCUGUUAUUUUUCUACAUAUCUCAUAUAUUUAAUGGUACCUUUAAACUUUGUAUUAGUUUACAAAAAUUUGAUACUUUAUUAUUAUUAUGUUUCGAAAAAAAAGGUUGUGUUAUUAAAACUUUUUUUAACAGAAUUUGUUGUUGGUUUAUAAUAUUUAACUUUUGUGUUUAGUGUUACUUUUUCUAUUAUCUACUUUAUAGUGGUAGAUUUUUUCAUUUGUGUGGAUUCAAUGUUUAUUUUUAAUAAAGUAUCUGUGCCUUGGGUUACCAAACAAAACUUACAUUUAGGCAGAGUUAUAUUUGUAAGAAAAUUUAUUAAUAAAAUUUAUAGUUUCAUUUUUUGUUUUAUU